AUGAGCGUCCUCCUCGAGACGUCUCUAGGCGACCUCGUCAUCGAUCUACACACAGAGCUUGCGCCGCGCUCCUGUACCAACUUUCUUAAGCUCUGUCAGAAGCACUACUACAAGCUCAAUGCAUUCUUCAGCGUGGAAAAGGACUUUCUCGCUCAGACUGGCGACCCAACCAACACGGGCAAAGGCGGAGCUAGCAUCUGGUCGCAGCUGCCAUCCACAUCUCGAGACCGCUCUGCGAACACGUACUUCACUCCGGAAACUUUGGAUGAUCAGCUCAGACAUACGCAAAAGGGGACCGUUUCGUUUGCGUGCUUUCGCAAGCAGGUCGGCGACGCGGAAGCCCGCGAUGAGCUGGUCGCCGGAUCGCAAUUCUUCAUCACUUUGAAGGACGAGAUCGACUAUCUGGACGGCAAGCACGCGCCCUUCGGAAUGGUGGUCGAGGGACAAGAGCCCGGUGGAACGCUGGACAAGAUCAACCAGGCCUUCACGGAUGACGAGAAACGACCGUUGAAAGACAUUCGAAUCCGACACGUCGUUGUUCUUGAAGAUCCCUUUCCCGAUCCGUCCGGCUUCGACCCACCAUCACGAUCGCCCUCGCCCACUCCCUCUCAGAUCCGCACACUGCGUCUCGCAGACGAUGAAGACCUCACCCUCGCCGACGCGGACUCUGCAGCGGACGAAGAAGUGCGUCGCAAAAAGGACACGGAUGCAGCCGCGCUCACACUGGAAAUGGUCGGCGACCUGCCGUUCGCCGAGAUCCGUCCGCCGGAGAACAUCCUCUUCGUCUGCAAACUCAACCCUGUGACAAGAAGCGACGAUCUGGAGCUCAUCUUUUCGCGCUUUGGGAAGAUCUUGUCGUGCGAAGUGGUGAAGGAUAAGAAGACGGGUGACUCGCUGCAGUAUGCGUUUGUCGAGUUCGAUCGAAAGGAGGAUGCGGAAAGGGCGUACUUCAAGAUGCAGAAUGUGUUGGUGGACGAUAGGAGGAUAUGGGUGGAUUUCUCGCAGAGUGUGAGGAAGCUGCAUGGAGACUGGGUGAGGAAGAGGACGGGCGGGGGUGGGGAGAAGGAAGCGAGAGGUGUGGAUUCGUACAGGCCGAAGGAGAAGGAGGGUGAGAGGAGAGGCUCUUCUCAGCCAGACGAUGCGCGUCAGUGGGGCAACGGACGAGCAUAUAGAUCAAGGGACGAUGAGGGGAAAAGAUUGCACAAGAGAUCAAGACGCGACCACGACGACGAUGACGAACCGCGGCACAGUCGUGGACCACAUCUGCCGUCCUCACGAUCCGACCGCCAAGGUUCACGGCGCGAACAUGAGCGAGACGAUCGCCGUCGAGACGAUCGAUCUUCGAGCAAGGCCGAGCGUCGCGACGACAGGCAUGCGCAUAGAAGACGGGAUGAAGACGACAGGUACCAUCGAAGCUCUACCUCUCGUAGAGACGAUGAAGGCAGGUCUGAAAGAUCUCAUCGCGACCGAGACGAUCGGAGGGACCGCGAUCGUGAGCGCGAUCAUCGCCGCAGGGACGACGAUCGAUCACGAUAUCGCGACGAUGCACGGCGGUGA